AUGGUAGCAAGCUUAGGCGCGCUCCUGCUGCUGGCCACCGUCCUCGCUGCACCUGCGUCGGCGCAGGUACCGACGGCGACGCUACCGACGAACCUCUCCAAGUGCAAGUACUCGAACGCCAACACGUGCUUGGACAACCCACAGACCAACCCGGUCGCGACAACGCUCGGCCUCCCGGCCUUCACGCGUGGCCCUGGCACGUGCUCGAUGAUGGGCGUCGCCUCGAUCCCUGGCUUGAGCGCGAGUGCGACGCGGCCUGCGCUCUACACGCCCACGACGGCCAUCGACGCAUACGCCAAGAGCGGGCUCAAAAACAAGUUUUCAGCGUGGAACGCGACGAACCAAGCCGCGUUCCAGCUCGACUGUCCGCUGUUUUACCAAGACCAGAUCCGCAGCGGCCAGCAAGACUAUCUCUGCUGCACGGAAGACCAGUAUGUGGUCAUGCAGACGCAGUACCGAAUGAUCAGCGGGCUCUGCGAAACCUCCAAGCGCGUGCUCCAGAACGUCUGGUGCAGUUAUGCGUGCCACCCGAACCAAGCGCUCUUCAUCAACGUCGACCAAGUCCACUACUACCCGUCGGCGACCGACCCGACGACGUCGUACCCGGCGAUCGAAGAGGUCACGUACUAUGUCGGCGACAACUGGGCGCGCGACGUCUACGACUACAGCAAGGCCGACCUCAUCGCCAAAGUACUUUGCCAGCCCCAAGCCGGCUGCUCGUCGGGGCUCGGCCUCCUCAAUCGCAUGGGCCAGUACCAACUCAACGGCAUUGGGUCGCCCAACCAAGUCAACUUUGUCGCUGCGUCUACGCUGCCACCGGCGGACGUCUGUCCGUGCACGCGCGCAACAUCAAAUGCAAGCGUUGCGAACGCCUCUUGUAUCUUGCCGCUCGACCAAGUACUUCCGACGUGUGUCGGUGUGUGCGGCUCGGUCUGCGACGCGCCGAGCCCUGCGCUUCCAUACAAAGCCAGUUGCCUUGGCGCAACGACAACGGGCAACAACAACAACAACUCGGCAGGCAACGGCACGUCGUCGAUUUGGGCGCCGCUCUGGGCCAGCAUGGAGGACAACAUCAGACCGAGCGACUACUCGAGCCUCAACACGGCGCUCCUCGUCGUGAUUGCAAUCCUUAUCGUACUGGUGCUCAGUGGAGGCUGGUAUCUCCACCGACUGGCGCUUCUGGAGGAGAAGGAAGACGAUCCAAGUGCGACAGCGGCGCCGGUCAACACCAGUCGCGUCAAUACGCUGGCCACGCAUCUCAUGCGCCAGUGGGCACUCUUUGUGUGCCGCCGCCCGUACCACGUGCUCACGGUGGUGCUUGCGCUGGCUGCGUUUUGCAGUGCUGGGCUUCACAAGACGGUGAUCCAGACCGACCCGAUCAAGCUCUGGGUGGCCGAGUCGAGUCGUGCGUACAAAGAGCGCGAUCGCUUUGGUCAGCUCUUUAUGCCGUUUUACCGCACGGAGCAAGUCAUUUUGACGCCGAAAGACGGCGGGCCGAUUGGCCGCGUGGACGUUCUCCGUGCCGCGCUGCAGAUCCAAGACCAGAUCAAGCAGCUCCAAGUGCCGUUUAAUGGCCGGCAGAUUGGCGUCGAAGACAUUUGCUGGCGCGCGACCGGCACGGGUUGCACGAUCAACGCGAUCACACAGUACUUUCAGAACGACUUGGCCAACUUUGAGAUUUAUGCGUCGAACGGGAUGGCCUUGGACCACUUUCAAAACUGCCUCUUCUCGCCGUCGUACGCUGACGUGGCGUCGUGCCAAAAGCUCGCGGCCAAAAACGUCGUCCUGCCCGCCAGCAUGCGCGACUGUCCAUGUCUCUCGGCGUACGGUGCGCCCAUGGACAUGUACACGACGGUGCUCGGUGGCACGCCGCCCAACGCGACCAGCAAUGUCAACCUGUACAUCAACUCGACCACGCUGCUCUCGACGAUCCUCGCCUACAACUACUAUGACGAUGCGCAGAACGCGCCGGCGGUGGCGUGGGAACGCGGCUACAUUGAUCUCCUCAAGACCCUCGCGUCGACCAACACGGUGUUUGAAGUGGCGUUCUCGGCCGAGACGUCGAUUGCCGAUGAAAUUGCCGUCGCAAGCAAGAGCGACGUGACGCCCGCGCUGCUUAGCUACUGCCUCAUGAUCCUCUACGUGACGCUUGGCAUCAACCGCUGGAAGAUGUCGGCGCUGCGCCAGAGCUGGCGCGAGGCCAAGCUCACGCUCGGGUUUUGCGGCAUCUUGCUCAUCUUGCUCGCGGUCGUCUCGACGAUCGGGCUCUUUUCGUGGGCCGGCGCCGCGGUCCAGAUUGUCAUUAUGGAAGUCGUGCCCUUUCUGACGCUCGCGAUUGGCGUCGACAAUAUCUUUUUGAUGCUGCACGAGAUCCGGCGGGUGCAAGACGACGCGACGCACCACGGGCAGCCGCUCGUCGCCGACGACAUCAUUGCCAAUGCGCUGGCGUCCAUUGGCCCGAGCAUUGCGAUGGCGUCGAUCAUUGAAGCGAUUGCGUUUGUCUUUGGCUGCAUUAGCCCGAUGCCGGCGGUUUUGUGGUUUGCCGCCUUCUCGGCGGCCGCGGUCGCCAUCAACUUUGUGUUUCAAAUGACGCUCUUUCUGUCGCUGGUCGUGCUCGACAAGCGGCGCGAGCUCGCCCAACUCGCACCGGUCCUGGACCUCGCCGAACGCAUUAUCGACAUUGGCGACCUCCAGAUUGUCAAAGUGCCGUGGAUUCAACGCGUCGUCGGUGCGUACGCGGAUUUCUUGGCCAAACCCUUGGUCAAGGCGGUCGUUCUGAGUCUCUUUUUGACGGCCACCGGUCUCUCGAUCUACUCGGUCGAGUCGCUCGAACAAGGCUUGGACAAUGCGGAUGCGAUGCCGUCGCAAUCGUACCUCAUCACGUAUUUCGACACGAUCAACGUGGCGCUGGAAACCGGGCCGCCGAUCUUUUACAUUGUCGAGAGCGGCUACAAGGGCAACCCGGUCUUUGAUUACGCCAACAUGUCGACGGUACCGGCCUUUUGCACGUCCAAAGAGUUUUGCCACCCGUUUUCCGUGCCCAACGUCGUCUCGGCGCUCGGCAAUUCGGGCGUCUCGGACCUGUCGCACACGAGCCCCGGCGUCGUGCAUUCGUGGAUGGACGACUUUUGGCCGUUUGUCGGCGCGCAGUCGGCGUGCUGUCGCGUCGACAAGCAGUCGGGCAACUACCUCCCGCUCAACGCGUCGGAUGCCACGUACAUGGCGGCGCGCGACGCGGCCGACCCGUGUUUUCCGCUCACGUCGACGGCACCGCCGGUUCCUGCAUCGAGCUUCAUGUCGCUUUUUCGUAUCUUUGCGUCGGCCAACGCCGGGCCGCUCUGCUCGCACGGCGGCGGGUCGAUCUACCGCGGCCAGUUUAGCAUUGACGAGCACCCGAUUCCGGUGCUGAGUGCGACGUCGGCGGGCCUGCCGCUGUCGAACCCAAAUGCGGGCAAGGCGGUGACGGCGGCGUCGUACAUGGCGAUUUCGACGGCCAACCCGACGCAAGGCGACUACAUUGCGAGCUACAAGCAAGCGCGGCACGCGGCGCAGUUUAUGAGCGAAAAGUCGGGCGUCCACGUGUGGGUCUACUCGAUUUUCUUUUGCUUUUUCGACCAGUACCUCACGAUUGUCGACGACACGCUCCUCCUUGUCGGCCUCGUUUUGGUUGCGAUCUUUGUGCUGCACGUGGUCUACUUUGGUGCGUUCUGGACGCCGUUCCUUGUGACGCUAACGAUCGCCAACCUCUGCGUCUGCGUCGCCGGUCUCAUGGAGCCGAUUGGGAUCCUCUUGAACGGCCUCAGUCUUGUGAACCUCAUUAUCGCUGGUGGUAUCUCGGUCGAGUUUUGCUCGCACCUCGCGCGGUCGUUCCAUUUCGGCAAAGCGACGAGCGGCAAUGCGCGCAUGAAGGAAGGUCUGCGGCAUGUGAUGGCGUCCGUCAUCUUUGGCAUCACGAUCACCAAGAUUGUGGGCCUGAGCGCGCUCACGCUGGCCGACUCGCGCAUCUUUCAAAAGUCUACUUUCGCAUGUACCUCACGAUCGUGCUCUGCGGCAUCCUGCACGGCAUGCCUCUCGGUGGACCUCCCGCGGCUCUGGACGAAGCGCCACGCGCCGACGUCGAUCCAACAGUAG